AAAGUGAAUCACUCUUAAUUACUGAUUGCAUUUAUUAAUUGCUCGGGGCACACUGCUUCAGAGGCAUAAAAGGUAUUAUUGCAAAAAGUGCAAUAAUGUGUUUUAUGGCUUUGCGCAAAAGGGAUAGACCACUAUUUUUCUUCUUUUUGGUUAUAAAGCCAAGUCCACAUGACUACACUUUGGGAUUUAAAAAAAAGAAAAAGAAACAACACGUUUUAACCGCGUCCAUAAUUUUAAGGUCACCCCUGUAUAUGAUUGUGAGUACAUGUGUAAAAGGAGCCGUAUUGGAAGCUGGGAUAUGAAAGAAUUCGCAGUGGUAUGCGUCCUGGAGAGGGGGAAAGGACAGACAAGGCCUCGGUUAUGAUCAUUGCAGUCUGCCAGUUGCCUCGAAAUGCCGGAUGCGUCUGCCUGAGCCAGAGAAAGGACACAAAGGCUGAGCUUUAUUGGUGAUAUUUAGCUUAGACAGCCAGGUUGUAACCUUAAGAAAAACAACUCAAUUGCCCGUGAUAAAAGGGGCCUGGUAUAUUGCACCCAAAUAACCUCAUCCCACUUUCCGUUUUAGAUUGCCUUCAAAGUGGACCCACAGACACGCAGACGCAACUAUGUGCGUUUUGGAAACUGUCCCAGAAUGUUUAAAUCUUCCAAAGCCCGGUGAUUCUUUAAUGACGUGUUUGCUGCUUUUGUAUAUAUAAAAAAGUAAAAUCUUGACAUAUUUUAUCUGCCGCUACCACGAGCCUCAUUUUUGUACAUAUUAGGAGUUUUAUAGAGGUCAUUAAAUGAUUGCAGUCUUUUUUUUGAUGGGGGUAAAUAACGCUAUGAUGCUUUUUUUAUGAAUAUAUAUAUAUCUAUAUCUAUAGAUAUAGAUAUAGAUAUAUAGCUUAAGACCUUGUUUGAUGAUUUUACAAAUGGAUACUUUAAAGGAUUAUUACCCCCGUCCCUAUUUACAGCUAGAUUUGAUUACACUAACAUAAGCUCUCUUGACAAAAAUCAUAACGUUUAUUGCUUAUAAACGAAAUAGUUCCCAAUAAAAGCGCGGGGAUUUGCUAUUAAAAUAUGGUGGGGGAAAAUGGUGGCCAUUUAGCCGAGCGCUAGGCUGAUUUAUUAUUUAUUGUUCUGUCCCACGGUCACGUGUUUGGGGCGCCCUAUCCAGUCUUGGGCAAGGUUCAACUUACUGGACGCAUUGAGUUUCUUGCUGGCGCACGACAGCAGCAGCUUAUCAUGCAAUGAAACGUUUUUUUCUAAACGCUGCAGGACUGUAGAGUGCCGUUUUCUUACUUUGCGUCUUUGCAAUGUCGACGUUGGGGACCAGUUAUUACAUUGACUCGCGCAUUCUUCCCGAGCAGGAAGAUAUGGCACCGAGGUAUUCCUCGUCAGCUGCAGGGGUGGAGCAGGCGGUGGUCACCGAAUAUGGCGGACAGGAGUCUUGCCCAUUGCAGGCGAAAUCUUCUAUUUUUGGUGGCUCUUGGAGUGCCAUCUCGGCCCACCCUCCAAACACGGCCGCUCCGACAUAUAUACAUCACCCUUACGCGAGUGGGGACAGCGAUGGCAUGUUUACGCGCUCUUGGGCGCUGGAUCCGGUCUCUGCGUCCCUGUGUUUGACGGGAUUACCAUCGACAGGCAUGCACUAUGAGAUAAAACCGGAACCCCUGAUUGGGAGUGCGGAAUGCACGACUUUGGAGACGCACACGCAUCUUUUGUCUGACAUUGAAAACGGUGCGUCUCUUGUGGAGAUUCCCUGCGAAACUGCGUCUAAAGCCACUGAAGAGAAUCCGUCAGUAGAGGAAAAAAGGGAGGUGGAUCCAAAUAACCCGUCAUCCAACUGGCUUCACGCAAAGCCCACCAGAAAAAAACGUUGCCCGUAUACAAAGCAUCAAAUCCUCGAACUGGAAAAGGAGUUUCUGUUUAACAUGUAUCUUCCCCGGGAUCGUAGAUACGAGAUAGCGAGACUGUUGAAUUUGACCGAGAGACAGGUAAAAAUCUGGUUUCAGAACCGCAGGAUGAAGAUGAAGAAAGAAAACAAAGAUCGGCGAAGAGACAGUUAACUGUUUUCAUUUUUUCUUUUUCUUUUUUUCUUGGACAGACCUGGGAUUAGAGCCUGGUUGGGAGGGGAGGGGUGAGGGGUUGAAAGGGAAAACUGGUGUCUGUCCUUAAUGUUCCUGUAACACAUGUUGUUGUAAAGUUAGUGCUGUUGAAACAAUGCUGGGUGUUUUUUUUUCUUAUAAUAUCGAGAGGAACAAGUGUUUUAUGAGAACUUAGAUGUGUUGUACUGCCGCACACAGAUAGCUACCUUAGGCCAUUUGUUAUUUGCAUGAAUCUGUUGACUACCUGAAUGUCUUUCAGCUACCUAUUUGCAUUAUUUAAGUUAUUGUUUUGGUAACUUGAUAUUGUUUUUUUAAUAUUAAGAUUUUGAUGCAUUUGUGAACAUACUGCGCACACGGAAAAUACCUCAUCGUUCUUGAUUUCACCUAAAAUAAAGUGUAGUUUGUGUAGCAUUUAAGAAAAGUAGUAAUGUGGUGUUAUUUUUUUUAUUUA